GUUUCGGGUCAGUCUGUCUCUGCUCGUGCUGUGGAUCAGUAACUAAGGCCAUGCUGUUAUUUUGCCUGCAGUUCCCCUGAGGUGAAAGAACGCUGGUUAGAUACUCUUCACAGGAAAAUCAAGGAAGCAACGGAGCGGUCAGGUUCUCUGUCACCACCCCCAAGUGUACUCAUGACGGUUCUGAGCGGCAGUAUCACUUGUAAAACUCUAACAGGAGGUGGAAUGGAUUCAGUCAUCGAACAGCCUUCAGAUGGCAAUGUGAAAACCCUCCCCCAUUCAGAGCAGUUGUGUAACACGGAGGAGAGAACGUGCCAUCCCAUUGAGAACGGCAGCAGCAGCAAAUGGAGCCUUAUUCCGAAGCUUCUGAGGAAGGGCUCCAGCCAGUCCAGUCCUGCCCACUGCCCAGAGCCCGCCACCAAGACCCCGCUCUUCGGUCAGGUGCUAUCCAAAGUCUGUGAUGACAACGACAGGCUUCCCAAACCCAUCACGGAGAUACUCAUGCUGCUGCUGAAGAAGGGGACCUUCACGGAGGGCGUGUUCCGGAAGCCCGGGAACGCCCGCAACCUGAAGGAGAUUCGGGAGCAGCUCAACGGCGGGGUGGAGGUGGAAUUGGGGGCUGCGCCCGUUAUCCUGCUGGCUGCUCUGUUCAAGGACUUCCUGAGGCAGCUCCCUGGCAGCCUGUUGGUAGCAGACCAGUACAAAGCAUGGAUGGCAGCGCUGGAGAAAGAGGAUGACCAGGAGAGAUGCAACAAACUCAAGCAGGUGAUAGACAAGCUCCCGAGAGCCAACAUCCUGCUGCUGCAGCACCUGCUGUGCGUGCUCCACCACAUCAGCAAGAACGCCGAUGCUAACAAGAUGACCGCCAAGAACCUGGCCGUGUGCAUCGCCCCCAACCUGCUCCAGCGUGACAACCUGCCCUUGGACAGGGAGACCGUCGACAAGGUGACAGCCUUGACACAGUACCUCAUUGAGAACUGUUGCAAGAUAUUUGGGGAACACAUCCAGACUCUUCUUGGAGACCCUGAUGAGGAAGAACUUGUUGACAACUCAGAUUCACUCUCCUCGCAUCAGCACGACUCCGCCUACGACAGCACCGAUCCCGACGCAGAUGGUGAUGUGGGGGUGGAGCUGAUGGAGAGCAGGCCCCACCCAUGCCACAGCAUCCCGCAGUCCACCGGGUGCAAAGAUGACCGGCCAGCCGUUCCCUCUUGCUCGUCCAGCGCCAUCUUCCAGACCUUCACCAAGCCCUUCAACAGGAGGAGCUCAGAGCCUGCCAUCUUCCACACCACCGGCAUGACCAACCUCCGGGGGCUGGCCAGGAGUCACGACGACUUCUCCCUGGACAAGGAGAGCUUUAAGGAGCAGCCGCUGAAGAAGCAGACCUCAGACGACUCCUUCCUGAUGCACAGGCGGAGCAAGAGAGGGCAGCUGCUCCUCCAAGCCCACAGGAGCAGCUGGGCCUCGGACCUGCCCGCCUCCCGCAAAGACGACUCCUGCUCCUCCUCCUGCUCUCUGGAGAGCUCCUUCUCCAACCAAUCGGAGAACUCCGUCUUCACCAGCUCUCCCUUGGCUUCCCCUUCCUGUCCCAGAAAACCCCUGUUUUCCCACCACCAGUCCUUCUCUGCCAAGGCGGUGGAGGAGGUCCCAGCGCAGAGUAAGGAGGUGAAGAGACGCACACAGUCCAUGAAGACUGAGAGCAAGAACCCGCGGAGAGUCAGGAGCUGGAGUUCCUUUGCCCGGGCCAGCUUUAAAAAAGGGGAACCCCAGAAGGAGGCCACGUUCCCCUGUGAGACUCUCCAGGAGGACUCCCAGAGCGAGGCAGAGCCCGCUGAGCCACCUGUAAGGCCACGCCCGCUGUCCGCCAUCGCCGUCUUCCAGCAGGUGGACAGCCGGAUCCCGGGCAAGCCUCCGUCAUACAAGGAGGCCAUCCUCAGCGGGCUCCAGCCUCCCCCCCCGCAGUACCACGCCAUGACUGUGCAGGGCGCCAGAGAGCUGGAGAGGAAGUCCCGCCCCUCGUCAGUGAGCGAGGACUCCCUGUACUCUGUCCUACCUGUCAAUACAUUCAUGGACUGCUUCCCCCAGACCCCGGACAGUGGUGUGGAAGACAUGCCUGCCGCAGACCCACACCAACUGGUGUUCCGUCAGAGAGCCAUGUCCGAGUCAGUGUCCCGGACCCGGCACGAGAAGCUGAACCGCAGGUGCAGCCAGCCGCUUUUCGAGGAGAUGUCCUACGCCAAGGAGUCCUACGUGUAAACUACUCCUCUCUGUCCUUUGUGCAAUGUGUUACACUUUGUAUGUGCAACGGUUAAGUUGCACUCUCUUAAGUAGUACUGUUUAGAGUACAGAAUUAUACUGUUUUUUUCAGUUUUAAAAGCUAUGUAAAUAUGCAGAAUUACAAGGUUAAAAAACCCUU